GGCCAAUGAGAAGUCUUUAUUUGACAGCAGAAAAGAAAACAUGCCUCAGACGCCUCCCUUUGCCACGAUGUUUGACAGCAACGGUUACAACCGGAACCUGUACCAGUCGAAAGAAGACAGCUGCGGAGGCCUGUAUUACCAUGACAACAACUUGCUGUCGGGAUCCUUGGAAGCCCUCAUCCAGCACUUAGUGCCCACCGUCGAUUACUACCCUGAUAGAACCUACAUAUUCACCUUUCUGCUCAGCUCCCGGCUCUUUGUGCACCCCUAUGAGCUGAUGGCGAAAGUUUGCCAGCUGUGCAUCGAGCAGCAGAGGCUUGCGGAGCCGGCAGCUGAUAAAAAUCGGUUACGGAAGAUCGCCCCCAAAAUUCUGCAGUUGUUAACAGAGUGGACAGAGACGUUUCCUUAUGAUUUUCGAGAUGAGCGAAUGAUGAGGAAUCUAAAAGAACUGACCCAUCGGAUAGCCAGUGGAGAUGAGAUGUACCGGAAAAACGUUCAGCAGGUCACCCAGAGUCUCAUUAGAAAGCUGGCCUCGCUCAGCCAGUACGAAGAAGUGCUUGCAAAGAUCAACGCCAGCUCGACGGACAGGCUGACGGUGCUGAAGACCAAACCCCAGGCCAUCCAGCGGGACAUCGUCACUGUCUGCAGUGACCCCUACGCUCUGGCCCAGCAGCUGACCCACAUAGAACUGGAGAGGCUCACCUACAUUGGACCGCAAGAAUUUGUCCAAGCUUUUGUACAGAAGGAUCCCCUGGACAACGAUAAGAGCUGCUACGGCGAUCGGAAGAAGACUCGGAACCUGGAAGCGUAUGUGGAAUGGUUCAACAGGCUGAGCUACUUGGUGGCCACAGAAAUCUGCAUGCCUGUCAAGAAGAAACACAGAGCAAGGAUGAUAGAGUUUUUCAUCGAUGUGGCCCGGGAGUGUUUUAACAUUGGCAACUUCAACUCUUUAAUGGCCAUCAUUUCUGGAAUGAACAUGAGUCCUGUCUCUCGACUGAAGAAAACCUGGUCCAAAGUCAAGACGGCCAAGUUUGAUAUCCUUGAGCAUCAAAUGGAUCCUUCCAGCAAUUUCUACAAUUACCGCACGGCUCUCCGCGGAGCAGCUCAAAGGUCCUUGACAGCUCACAGCAACAGAGAGAAGAUCGUGAUCCCUUUCUUCAGCCUGCUUAUCAAGGACAUUUACUUCCUCAACGAAGGCUGCGCCAACCGUCUUCCCAACGGCCACGUCAAUUUCGAGAAAUUCUGGGAACUGGCUAAACAAGUGAGUGAAUUCAUGACAUGGAAACAAGUGGAGUGCCCUUUCGAGAGAGACCGGAAGAUCCUUCAAUAUCUGCUCACCGUCCCAGUCUUCAGUGACGAUGCGCUGUACUUGGCUUCCUACGAGAGCGAAGGGCCUGAGAAUCACAUUGAAAAGGACAGAUGGAAGGCUCUGAGGUCAACUCUUCUUGGAAGGGUCUAACACACGACUGGCUUUCUGCUCCAGCUGCUGCUGUUACGGGGAUGAUUACGAAGGGCCAUUAUUUACAUCCCUUAUUUAUUUCCCUCCCUCCUCCUCCUUUUAAAGCCAGUGACUUUUUUUUAAAGUUGUGAGGAUUGUGCAGCUGGGUAAGGCACGUCAAGAUGAACAAAGAGACUGACUCCUCAAACCUGAUGGAUCAUCAGAUUUUGCAAUUAUUAUUUUUUUGUUAUGACCGAUUGAUCAAAGACGGUAGCAAGGAAAACUCUUUUGAAGAUCUGACUUUUUUUUUUCCUUUUGAGCCCUUUUGAAACACCUGGAUGAAUUUCCCUGCCCUCGCCCUGUCGAUCCUUUGAUGUCUUACGGCCUGCUGCUACUUGUGUUUUCCAGUGCGAAUGCUGGAUUCUCUAGCACAGUUUCACUUCCAUGCUUGGAAUGCCAAUUUUGACUCUUUCCUGUUUCCAGCGAGGAACGCAAAGGAAGAUACCCUCUUGCUGAACCGAUCUAGGAACUUGUCUUUCCUCCCAUUAG